AUGCAGGGCAAUGGCAGCACGCUACUCAACGCUUCUCAGCCGGCGCCCGGCGGCGGGGAGGGCGCGCGGCCGCGGCCCUCGUGGCUGGCCUCCACGCUCGCUUUCAUCCUCAUCUUCACCAUUGUGGUGGACAUCCUGGGCAACCUCCUGGUCAUUCUGUCUGUGUAUCGGAACAAGAAGCUGAGGAACACAGGAAAUAUAUUUGUGGUAAGCCUAGCAGUGGCAGACCUGGUGGUUGCUGUUUAUCCAUACCCCUUGGUGCUGACAUCGAUAUUUAACAAUGGAUGGAACCUGGGAUAUCUACACUGCCAAAUCAGCGGUUUCCUGAUGGGCUUGAGUGUCAUUGGAUCGAUAUUUAAUAUCACUGGGAUUGCCAUUAACCGCUACUGCUACAUCUGCCACAGAUUCAAGUAUGACAAGUUGUACAGUAACAAGAAUUCCCUGUGCUAUGUAUUCCUGAUAUGGAUGUUGACACUGGUGGCAAUCAUGCCUAACUUGCAUACUGGGACACUCCAGUAUGACUCAAGGAUCUAUUCCUGUACAUUUGCACAGUCUGUCAGUUCAGCGUACACAAUAGCUGUGGUUGUUUUCCAUUUCAUAGUCCCUAUGAUCAUUGUCAUCUUCUGUUACCUGAGAAUAUGGAUCCUGGUGCUUCAGGUCAGACGAAGGGUGAAACCCAACAACAAACCCAAACUGAAACCACAAGACUUCAGGAAUUUUGUCACCAUGUUUGUGGUUUUUGUACUUUUUGCCAUUUGCUGGGCUCCUCUAAACUUUAUUGGUCUUGUGGUAGCCUCAGACCCUGCCAGCAUGGUACCCAGAAUCCCAGAGUGGCUAUUUGUAGCCAGUUACUAUAUGGCGUAUUUCAACAGCUGCCUCAAUGCAAUUAUAUAUGGUUUACUGAACCAAAAUUUCAGGAAGGAAUACAGAAGAAUUAUAGUCUCACUGUGCACAGCUAAGAUGUUCUCUGUGGAUAGCUCUAAUGAUGUAGCAGACAGGAUUAAAUGCAAGCCAUCUCCAUUAGUGACCAACAAUAACCCAGUAAAGGUGGACUCAGUUUAA